CAAAGAAGGAUACAUAUGUGCUAAACAACCUCACAAAAUGGCGUGGUGUUUCGCAAAUCUACGCAGACGCCGUCAUGAACGACUUUGACUGGUCAUCUACCUUCAAAAUUACGUGCUCACCCGAUGGCUACAAGGGCUUUUCUUACGAUUCAUGGGCGAGGCAAACUCCGCCAAGACUUAUGGACGAAGAUAUUGCAAACAAUUUUAAAGACCUCUCUAUGUACGAGAUGGAAAGUAAGUCCCUUCCACCGUGGGUGAAACCAUCUAAGAGACAAUAUGGAUAUCCAAACGAAUAUGAGAAGAUUUCGAAUUGCGAAGAUUACAAAAGAAAACGUCACAAUCGGGCGUCGAGUAACGGUGAAAAACAGCGACCUGCUAGCAGCAGUGGUAUGCAGUUAAGCCAGAAUAGAACAACCUCAACAAAAUCUGAUAAGAUUUUUAAAACGGCAAAAUCGUUACCUGCAUUUGGCCUAGUGCAAAAUAACUAUAGCAGAGCACAUCCUAAUCUACCAAGAAUUUAUCAAUCCUUGAGCAAAGUAUGUGACUACUCUAAUGAAUUUAAUGAGGAAACCGAAAUAGUAGAACAGUGUGCCAAUGAUAGUGACAGCUCACAUACUAAACAUGCAAGAAACAAAAAUAAGAAACAGGCGAAAGAUUUCAUCACGCUGAAUAAAAAGAAGUUUGACAAUAGAAAUCUAGAAAAUGUAUUAAACGCAUGCAAUACAGAUAUACAAGGCGAUGAUGAGACAUCCAAGAAGGAAGAACAGACAAAAGCCGAUGAGAUUGUAUACCAGGAGUACACAAGUAAACUGUCGAAUAUAACAAUGAACUCAUUUGAUACGGGGCUAAAUGCAUUGACCACUGGUGACCAUAAGAACGCUACAUCGGAUCUUCCUUAUUUAGUUUUCUUAGAAAGGGUGAGAAGGGAUUUAUUGCCGAAACCAGCCAUUUCAGCGCCAUCUAUCCCAGAUGCGAAAUUUGCUGCAGAUACAAUUGGGGACUUGACCCUUAAGAAUACUCGUCCGUUCAACAGCUUAAUAGAUAAUAAAAGAGCUGGGCUUGAGAAACGCCAUGAAGACAACAAAAACGAAGGAGCAAUUGACGAACGAAUCACUGAUACUCCUGUACAGCCUAAAUGCAAAAUCCAGCCAAUUAUACGUCAAUUCAAACCGAGUAGGGUUAUGUUAGGUAAACCUGAAUUUCCGUGUCUCUCACCUACCAGACCCCGAAUAGACAACAAUACUCUUGGAUACGCAAACGCGGCAAACACGUCAUCAAGCGGAGAAAGCGACAACUCGGAACCAGCAAACAUAGAUAACAGAGUGCCCCCACGUUCCGAACAUACAGAACCUGAUCCUGUUGGUAAAGAAAUUGAUAGAGAGACGCGUGAAAUGGUUAAAACAAAGGCGUUUACUAUGGGUGAUGUUGAAUCUGCGCUUAAAGUUGACCUCGGCGUCCUUAACUACCACUAUGAACGAAUUCAUGAUAUUAUGAAGUUAAAUGCAAAGAAUUAUGUGAAAUUCUGCUAUCCAGUUGGCAUCAAUAAUAAAGGAUUAGGCGGGGAUAAAGAACCUAAGGCACGCAAUAUCAAUCCGAUGGCUUACCGAUUUAUCAAGUUUAAUGACCCCACGGACAUGUUACGUCGACCCAAUAAAUCUGAAGAACAUAGUGGUAGCUCGGAUGGCACGUUGUAAAUAAGAUUUUACAAUCAGACGUGUUUCUGUUUUUUUUUCACAUGUAAAGAUACGUGUUCACUCCCCUCCAUAAGUUCGGCAACUGGAUGCUUUGUAGCAUAUCAAACCAGUUAAUGUUUGUAUCGAGAUUUUGUUUCUUAAUUCCAAUUGCUCGGAAAUUCACGACAAAUUUGAUGAGUUAUUUUAGAUCAGCAAACAUAAAGAGGACUUAAUUAGAGAUUCAAAAGGAAGCCCCCCCCCCCCUUGCCAAACUUAAAAAUCCUUGAUCGAUAUCAGCAGGUCGAGUCUUGGAAGUCUCCUUAAAAGACGUCGAUAUUUUAACAACUUGGGUCUUUAGGCCAUAUCAAGAUGAAGAAUACUUACUGACAUUUAUUUUGACAUUUACUAUGUGGUAAAUAAAGUAUGCUCCC